CUCAUGAGUGACACGUGACGAGGAAGGAGGAGGGCUUUACUCGGUGUGACUGGUUAGACACUAAUGUGCUGAUCUCAGAUGACCAACAUUUCAAAUGGAGGACUCAUCUCUACAGCUGCUGCUGGUUCUGAUCUCACUGCUGAGCUGCACAACCAACCAAGCCUCUCUGACUGUGAGUCCAAGCAGCUCUCAGAUGUUUAAAAGACAGUCUGUCUCUCUGAGCUGUGAGGAGGACGACAGCUCUGCUGGAUGGACUCUGAGGAGGAACACAACCAGAGACACCAGGACUCAGUGUGGAGAUGGCUGGGGAAGACCUACUGGUGUUAAUUCUUCCUGUAACAUCAGCUACAUGGUCCCAUGGUACAGUGGAGUUUACUGGUGUGAGUCCAGAGAGGGAGCAACCAGUAACAGCAUCAACAUCACUGUCACUGAUGGACCAGUGAUCCUGCAGAGUCCUGUCCUCCCUGUGAUGGAGGGAGAAGACCUCACUCUGCUCUGUAAAACAGAGACGUCCUCCAACCUCCCAGCUGGUUUCUAUAAAGAUGGCUCCUUCAUCAGGACUGAGCCUGCAGGUCACAUGACCAUCCACCAUGUUUCCAGGUCUGAUGAAGGCCUCUACAAGUGUCUCAUCAGCAGUGUUGGAGAGUCUCCACCCAGCUGGGUCUCUGUCACAGGGAAACCCACGACAACCAGUCCUCCUACAACCCCCUCUUCUAGCUUCAACACUUCUUCCCCUCCCCCCUCCAGUCCCGGCUCCUCUCCUCCUCCCCUUGUGUUCUGGUCCGUUUCAGUCGGUGUCCUGGUUCUCCUGGUUCUCCUGGUUCUGCUGGUUCUGCUGGUGAGACGAUGCAUCGGUAGGAAACCUAAAGCUGAAGUAGAAGCUGGAGAUGAUGACGUCACAUACAGUGAUAUCACAAUAUCACGUAACCUGCAACAGCCAAUCAGACGGAGCAGAGAGAGUGAUCCUGCUGCAAUCUACUCUGAAGUGAGAACAGAAGACGUCUGUUACGGACAAAUAGUGAUCAAAGACAAGAAAUCAAACAGGAAGAGAGAGAGAGAUCCAGCUGCAGUCUACUCAGCAGUGAGAGGAGCUGAAGACGUCAGUUAUGGACAAAUAGUGAUCAAAUCAAACAGGACCAGAGAGCCUCCAGCAGACCCAGAGGUCCUCUACUCCUCACUGAGGAAGACCUGAACACCAUCACACCAGUCCAACCAGUGGAGUCCAGCCGGCCAAUCACUGGUCCCCAGAGACCCUCACACCUCGCUACAUUGAUCUGUUUGAUUUCUUAUUAAAGCUAAAUGAGAUUAAUGCAGCAGCAAAGAGACAAACCACUUAUAUUUAGAGCAUGUUUGCGUUCUUUCAACGGGUUUGUGCAAAAAAUACUUCCCCUAUAAGUGUUUUGUACGGUUCACAACACCAACAAAUAUCAACUGAACAGAGUCUAAUGAUAAUAACUAUUUACUGAUAUUGAUAUAUUGUAUUUAUGAGCUUGUUUCUGUGCAGGAUCAAUAAACUCUGGUGUCUCCUCGU